AUGGAUUCUGAGAAGAUCAGCUUAACACAGAAAUCAAUACUUUCAUCAGCUAUGUUACACGUGGACUCAGAUUCUCAAUUGGAUACAGAUAAGACAAAGGGAAAGGAAAAGGAUAAUAUAGGGAAUUUUGAAUCGAACACUCCUUUACGCCCUGCGAUAGUGAAGCAAGAAGAAGAUAUACGGCAGGAUGAUUACAAGCAACCACAACAGGAAGUACAUCCAUCCAGUUACGCGAGCCCUAUGUGGCCUCCAAGAAAGUGCGUGCAUUGUGAUUAUACAAAUACACCAAUAGAGAAGGGUACAAAUGCUUUAGGUAUUUCAUUGUCCACAUCUGCUCAUACAGUGCCCAGCAUACAUGCAUUUCAUUCACAUCGUUUAGGCAGUACACUCGCGGGCAUGUCUUCAUCAACCGCUUCCAUCGUCACUUUCAGCCACACUGGCGGCCAUUUAUUGACGAAGGCAACUAAAACUAAUGAAAAGGAUCAUAAUGAUGCCUUGGAUACAGUAGCGAGGCUUAAGGACGCUUACUCGCUCUUUUCAACACCGACUUCACUUCACAUUUUGAUGCCCCCUGACAUUUCUGUUUCCAAGGCAGUGCCAGAAUCGGAACUGCCAAUUCAACCUCACCAUGAUCAUUGUAAACUCAUUUCUGAGGGAAAGGAGGAAAGGCCGAAAAAUUUUUCGGGGAGCAGGGAAUGCAGUCUUGAAUGUUGUGUUAAAGCAGAUAAGGACAGACAAGAAGCUCAGGUUAGCCUAGAGGCCCAGGAUGCACACACCUGCUUGUGCACUCUCACAGGGCACCCGGACGAGAGUUCUCAGAAGAUUUCUUCUGAAGCAACUAUUCCCGAAAAGAAUGUAAACCUAUACCCCUCAAAUCUUGAGGGUAGCACCUCAGACGCCCGAAAAACUGUGGUGCUCCAUGGAGAGUGCUACACCCCUCGGAAUAGUAGCAGCUACCGCCGUUUGGAGGAUUUCGUUGAGAAACAAAGAAGUCCAACUAUAAUGCGGAUAAUGAAACGAGCUGUUGAAUUAACAUUACGUGAAAUGCUUGAGAGCUCGUGA